UAUGAGUGAGAGAGAAAAGGGGCAACAGGAAGAGCAGGAGAUUGAAGUAAAUUAUUGAGAAAAGGGGAAGUUGAGAUUUAUUUGUGAAGAAGUUUGUUCGGACUACAAUGUUAACAUUAAGUCUUUUGCUUCUCCUGCUGUCCCAGUCUGGCUACUCUCUGCUGCUGGGAUGGGUGGAGUCUCCUGGAUAUCCUAAAGGAUACUUACCCCAUUCCAGUCUGAACUGGAGCAGGUGUGCCCCCAAAGGUCACACCCUCUCCAUCAGGCUCGUCCACCUGGACCUGGAGGACAGCCCAGACUGUGAAAGCGACAGUGUGAAGGUGUUUUCAGAUGGAAGCUUAAUUUCUCUUCUGUGCGGCAAAAGACCGUUUGAGGAGCUGGAAUCCACUGUAAACCCGCUGCUCGUCUCCAGUCCUGGCGGCUGUCUUUCUCUUUCUUUCCACUCUGAUUACUCAAAUACCAGACGACACUCAGGAUUCAGAGGCUUCUACACCACUCAAGAUUACGAUGAAUGUGAGGAUGACCCAGAGAACGGUUGCACGCAUUUUUGCCACAACUGGAUUGGAGGGUACCACUGCUCCUGUCGCCAUGGUUACCACUUAGAUGCAGACGAACACACAUGCACUGUGAGCUGUACAGAGGAUCUGUCAGGGCUGAGAUAUGGUGACAUUUCCAGUCCCUCGUGGCCCGGUUCAUAUGCAGAAAAUGCCAGAUGUGUGUACACUCUGUCUGUGGAGACCCACCAACAGCUGGAGCUGCACUUCUCUGAGAUUUUUGAUGUGGAACAAAGCCCUGAUGGCCAGUGCAUAGAUACAUUGACGAUAAAGACUCAUUCUGGGAAACUGGGGCCAUUCUGUGGCCACACACCUCCCCCAUCACCUCUUCUCACCCACUCACAUCGUGUCCACAUCCACUUCAAGACUGAUGGAUUUGGCACCAACAAAGGCUUCAGUUUCCACUUCCAGACCAGAGGCAAAGUGUGUCCUGCAGUGAUAAGUCCACACUCCACUGUGUCUCCUCCGAAACUGGAGUAUCAUGAGGAUGAAGUUGUGACAGUAACAUGUGAUGUUGGUUAUGUUGCAAACACUGAAGGUGCAAAGAUCAUGACUUCAGAUUAUGUGUCGACAUGCCAGAGAGCAGGUGUGUGGAGCCCCAGUUACAUCUGUGAACCUGUGGAUUGUGGUUUCCCUGAUCUUCCAGAGGAUGGCAUCUUGAUAAUGGUGGGUUCAGGGAGCCAGUACGGAGACCAGAUCCAGUUCAACUGCAGUUCGAAGUACUAUUCACUGGACAUAGAUGAUUCCUACACUUGUAGUGCCACUGGUGAAUGGGUAUCAACUGAUGGCAACGCAGAGAUUCCAAAAUGCAUUGAAACAUGUGGGAUGCCUAAAAGGAACCCUUCAAGUUCCGCCAGGAUCAUAGGAGGUUCUAACGCCAACCUGGGGGAAAUACCGUGGCAUCUUCUGAUUAAAGAACCACGUAGAGGAGGAGCAUCUCUGAUCAAUGACAGAUGGGCUGUGACUGCAGCUCAUGUUGUGGAGGGGCUUGAAGAAAACUCUUUGCGUCUCUAUGGUGGACUGGUAAAUGGCAGAACAGCAGAAGACAGGUUUUCUGGUGUAGUUUCCUUGGACAGUGAGAGGAUCAUUAUCCAUCCAGGCUACACGACACUUGUCUCCUCUGCCACUCGUACCAAUUACGACAAUGAUAUCGCUCUCAUCAAGUUUACCUCAAAGGUCAAUCUUGGCCCAAACCUACUUCCUAUUUGUCUGCCUGAAGGGAACAGUGACUUAACAGUGAAUGAAAUGGGUAUAGUGUCAGGCUGGGGUGCAACAGAAAGGGGCUUUAAGUCUGCCAUAUUGAAAUACGCUCAGAUUGGGGUCUACUCUCUUGAAAGGUGUCAGGAUACACCCAUCUUGCCACCUAACUAUUACAUGACAUUCACUAAUAACAUGUUCUGUGCAGGAUAUGAGGGGAGGGACAGCUGUGAGAUGGACAGUGGAGGUCCGUUUACUGUGCCAGGGGGUACAGGCAAACCCUAUCGCCUAAUGGGUAUCGUGUCCUGGGGACCCCCCUGUCGUGAGCGUCAGUACAAGGGUUACUAUACCAAGGUGGCAAAUUAUGUUGACUGGAUUAAAAACACAAUAGAAACAGUGGGAAACUCAUAAAAUGGAAAGAUAAGCAAGAAAAUAACAUUCUUCACUAACCACACCAUUGUAAUCCGUUUCAAGACUCAUUUACAAGUUUCAAUGAAAAUAAAGAACAUGAUCCUCAAAUACAAUGUACCACCAUUAAUCACAAGUGAUAACGGUAUGAAUUCAUAAUUUGUGUUCAACCAUCUGAAAUAAAAUGUGUUGCAUCAACA